UUGGAAAUGCCAAGGUUAAGGGAGCUAAUGGGGAGCUUGUGGGGCUUGGGAAUGUUCUGCUGGUUAAAGGCUUGUCUGCUAACCUUCUCUCUGUGCGGCGACUGCAGAAGACAGACAAAGGGGAAGGACUAUGAUGAGGUGUUUGCUCCUGUGGGGAAAGGAACAACACUGAGGGUGCUGUUGGCGAUAGCUGCACUCCUGGGAUGGAAGAUUCGGCAUAUGGAUAUUGUGACUGCCUUUCUGAAUGGGAUCAUUAUGGAGGAGGUGUACAUGAAGCUUGCUGGGAUGAGUGUGCAUUGAGUAUGCAUGCUUGAGAUGUGGUAUGGUCGAUGAUGGUUGGCAGCCAGAGGGGGAGAUUGUUGUGUGAUGUCAUCAUAUGCU